GAUAAACAAAGCAAAAGUCCUGCUGGUACACGUACAUACAUCAGAGCCUGUUACAAGUAGAUCCAUAUUGUAUCAGUUUUAUAAACCAUCAACAUUUGUGUUCCAAUGGGCAAGAUGCAGAAACGAAUAGAAGCCCACAGUAAUGGUAGAGAGAUUGUGAAACUAAGUUUUACAGUGUUUCCUGAGACAGAAACGCGUGGACUCUCGGUUUCACCUGAUGCUGUCAGACGCGUUACCUUCUUUUCGCCUUCUGUAUACAAUAUAGACCAGCGAGUGUUGGCAACGAGCAGUAGUGAGCAUAAUUCUAAAGUGGCACCUCCUUCAACAACGUCUCCUUUUCAAGGACCUGUGGGAGCGUAUCUAUUUCCUGGUCAGUCUUAUAGUGUGCCUGUUGUAUACGUACCAGCAUCUAUCAUAAGUUCUCAAUCCAUCCUAUACCAAUCAUUGCCUACAGCAACAACAAAUACCCCUUCUUUAUCAGAGUCUCAUCAUUCUACUCAUCUUACAUCAUCAAAAACAAGUCCUGAACAAAUCCAGUCAAGUGCCGUCUUUGAUCAGAAUGACCCUAUGCAUGGAGAAAGAAAGUAUAUUUGUCCUUACCUGGGGUGCAAUAAAGCAUUUAUACGAAGCAACCAUGUUGAUCGGCACAUCAGUUCAGUGCAUACAAAGGCAGAAGGUUAGAAUUGAUAUUGAUAAAUGAAACAGUCUAAUAUUAUGUAUUAGGAUUUGAUUGUCCUUUCUGUCGUAAACAAUUUACGCGAGAGGAUCAUUUUGAUCGUCAUCUAAGCACACAUAAAAAGCAAGCAAAGGACAUGAAGCAUACUAUGG